AUGGCCAAGCGUCAUCCCAUCGCAUGCAUAGCCCUGGAGGGCAUGCCCAUUCCCCAGAUGAUCCCCCUGGUUUUUACGCUGAGACAAAACAGCAGUUUCAUCGGAAAGCUGAGGCUCUUGCCUGGGAGUCUUCCCCUUGCAGGAGGACAGUCAGUAAUCCACACUGGUCCCCCCAUAGUGGUCACCCUGGCCAACAAAGUCGUUUCCUUUAACUGCAAAAUCACCUAUCUGUAUAUCUCAAAAUACAAGAACUUCAAGGUUAACUACUUCUAUGUCAACCGCCAGAGCCAGACUAGCACUGAGGAGCACACUGACUGCACACCCAGCCAGGGCACAGAGAAUCAGACCCAUUCUGUGGAGUGCCAGGUCACGUCUCGGCUGCAGGAUGCAUCAGCCACUGGCAUGUACUACUGCUCUGUUCAUUGGCAAGAAGACACGAAAAUCGGCAAUGGUACCUUCAUCCUGGUCCGAGACUCAGGUUACCAGAAGCCUGCACAGCCCUACCUGAAGAGCCUGCUCUUGGGCUUCACCGGCUUCCUGACUGUCCUGAGUGUCCUGGGUACGGCUCUCCUGCUUUGGAAGAAGAAACGAAUGUUGGUACCAGGGAAGCAGCUGGCCAGCAGCUCCAAGCAGCCUCCGUCCGAACCCAUCUACACGAGACCCCCUGAGCUGAUCCCCAGACUGCCGCACCAUCCCCUGUCUGAUGCCCUUGAUCCUCCAACCCCUGCCUGCCUGUUGCCGGGGAAACUGCCUCCUUGGCAACCAGCCCGCAUCCAUAUGAUGUACACAAGGAAGGAGGUUCCUGCCUCUUGCUCAGGCUGGCAGUGGGCUCUGCUCUGGCAGCCCCCCGACAUGGGACCCCGAGCCCAGCAGGAUCUAGGCUGUGCCUGA